GCCGAUAUCCUUAUUCUCCUCCCCGACGCGCCUCAUCGAUCUUUCACUUCUUUACCCUCCUGUAACUUCCUCACUUCGUCUAAUUUGCGAACUCUUCGUGUCUAUACUGCCAGUAUACUCACGGUUUGCGAACGCAUCAUUCCACAAGACCACGACCAGCUUCACUUUAGCCUCUUCCACCACUACAUCCGCCCAUCAUGUCUUCGAUGCCGCUUUCGACUGCCAACUGGCACUGGAAGAACAAGAAUGUGACGCGCUGGGGGAAGGAGUGGUUCGAGCACGAGCUCGCGACGAUCGCCGUGCAAGGGGAUGGGGAGCAGUCGGUGAAGGUGGAUAGCGUGUCGGAGGUGGAUGGGGACGUGGAGCUUGGGCAGAGGAAAUCCAAGCUCAUCACCAUCUACGACUGCAAGCUCACCAUCCAGUGGUCCGGCAAGACCACCGCCGGCGAAGACGUCAAGGGCCGCGUCGUCAUCCCCGAGGUCUCGCACGAGAACACGCUCGACGGGCACUCCGACGUCGUCUACGAGUGGUCCCUCACCACCGCCUCCUCCCCCGACGUCGACGCCGUGUUCAGGCUCGCGAAAGCGCGCCUGCCCGCCGCGCUCGAGGCCAAGUUCGCCGAGUUCCCCGUCGCGCUCGUGCAGACGCACGGGAAGGAUAUUCAGGUUGGCACGCCUUCCGCCUCUGGCACGUCGACCCCGGCCACUGGGGGUGCGACGUCGGCGAACGGCGCGGCGAAGGCAGAGGCAACAAAGCCGGUGCAGGCGACGAAGCCUGCUGCGAAGACGCUGAACUACUCGACGGUGGAGACGGAGGCGAGCUUCAUGGCGUCGGCGGCGGACCUGUUCAGCCUGUUGACCGAUGAGGCGCGGAUACCGGCGUGGACGAGGGCGCCGGCGCAGUCCAAGCCGCAAGAGGGCACUGAGUUCUCGCUGUUUGGCGGUGGCGUGAAGGGCAAGUUCGUGUCGCUGAAGCCGCCGACGGAGGUGGUGCAGACGUGGGCAUUGCAGAGCCCGACGUGGCCGGCAGGUCACUUCGCCACCUUGACCAUGAAGUUCGACCAGGCGAGCGACUCGACGAAGCUCACCCUCACACUCGACGGUGUCCCGAAGGGCAUGGAGGACGAGAUCCGCACGAAUCUCGAGGGCUACUACAUCCACGGUCUCAAGUCCAUCGGGUACGUACCAUUCCAGAUCGAGCAUGCACACGUCCGUCCCUCUUCGUACAAGAAGAAGACCAUCGUGAAGAGGCAGCCAGCAAAGAGCAGCCCCUCCACCUCCUCGUACUUCACCGUCGCGUUCUUCAGUACAUUGGUCGUGGUAGCUGCUUUCGGUAUUCCCUGGUAUACUUCCUCCAAGUGAUCUUCUCUCGCCGUCGGGGACACUGAUCGCGCUGGCUGCAUCUGUCGCUCUUUUUAUCGCACUCUCUUCGUAUCCCCACUCUUUCGGAAUAGAUCAUUGACUUUCAUCGCCAGGUUGGGCACGGUGCUGUAGCCCGUCGAUACACAUCGAGAAUAGGGAGACGGUGCAGGGGUUUUCGGGUGUCCAUGGACAUGUACACAAGCC